AUGCCCAGCCAGUGUUCUUUCUUAAGCAAUGAUAUGAAGGUCACAGUCAAGGCUGAACAUGGGAAGAUUGUCAACAAUGGGAAGGCUAUCACCAUCUUCCAGGAGCGAGAUCCCACCAACAUCAAAUGGGGUGAUGCUGGCGCCAAGUAUGUUAUGGAGUCUACUGGCAUCUUCACCAUCAUGGAGAAGGCUGGGGCCCACUUGAAGGGUGGAGUCAAGAGGGUCAUCAUCUCCACCCCUUCUGCUGAUGCCUCCAUGUUUGUGAUGGGUGUGAACCAUGAGAAAUAUGACAACUCCUUCAAGAUUGUCAGCUACACUUCCUGCACUACCAACUGCUUAGCCACCCUGGCUAAGGUCAUCCAUGACAACUUUGGCAUUGUGGAAGGACUCAUGACCACAGUCCAUGCAAUCACCACCACCCAGAAGACUGUGGAUGGCCCCUCUGGGAAGUUGUGGCAUGAUGGGUGUGGGGCUGCCCAGAACAUCAUCCCUGCAUCCACUGGUGCUGCCAAGGCUGUAGGCAAGGUCAUCCCAGAGCUGAAUAGGAAGCUCACUAGCAUGGCCUUCCAUGUUCCUACCCCCAAUUUGUCCGUCGUGGACCUGACAUGCCACCUGGAGAAAGCUGCCAAGUAUGCCGACAUCAAGAAGGUGGUGAAACAGGCAUCCAAGGGCUCACUGAAGGGCAUCCUGGGCUACACCAAGGACCAGGUUGUUUCCUGUAACUUCAACAGCGACUCCCACUCUUCCACCUUUGACUCUGGGGCUGGAAUCACUCUCAAUGACAACUUUGUAAAGCUCAUUUCCUGGUAUGACAAUAAAUUUGGCUAUAGCAACAGGGUAGUAGACCUCAUGGCCUCAAUGGCCUCCAAGGAGUAA